GAGUUUGACGCUGUGAUCAUAAACGUGACUGAUUUAGCUAAAAUGUCAUUGCCUCAAACAAGACCAAAGAAUCAACGAUACAUAUUCUACGGCAUGGUACCAUCAGACCAAGUGCCUGUCUGCAACCCACAUGCUGAUAACUUUUUUAACUAUACAUGGUCGUAUAAACUGGACUCAGAUAUUGUAAGUCCGUUUUUUGUGGUGCGUGAUAUAAACGAUUCUGCUGUCGCUCCUAGUCUGUAUGCUGAAUGGCAAAUGAGUUUGCCAAAAUCAUCUUUAAAGCUGGAAGAAGUCAUGAAGUUUAAGAAUAAAAAUAAAGCUGUUGCUAUGCUCGUUAGAGGUUGUAAAGAUACUGAAGGAAAAAUCUUUGCGAGUAAAUUAAGAGAGGCUUUAAAAGUGCAUUCAGAAGAAUUGGAUGUUUUUGGAUGUAAAAGGAGCCAUCCGCUGGCAGGCAGUGGUGCAGUUAUUGCGAGGCAGUAUUACUAUGUUCUGGUGAAUGCAGGGACGGCUCAGGAUUAUGUUACGGACAAGGUAUUGAAGGCGUAUUGGAACAAUGCUGUGCCUAUUAUUAGGGCACGUGCGGAUCUUACCAAGUUCCUCCCUCCAGGCUCCUACAUAAACGCUCAUCUCCAAACCCCCGAGCAGAUCGCAGCCAUCAUCCACUACAGCAUCAACAACCCGUCCGUCUACCGAAGCUUCUUCAAGUGGAGGAACUACUACACGAUCCACAAACGAGAGGAGUUUGACGGCGUCUGCCAAAUCUGCAGUCUUCUCAAUAAUAGGGCUUUGUUUUACUCCAAUUCUAGCGCGCAUUUGAGAGAAUGGUGGGAGUCCAGUAGCACAAAUAAAAUUAAAUGUGCGUAA